UGCCCCGCCCCUCGGCCGAGCUCCUGGCCGGUCAGGACCCACGUCGGGAUUUAGCCUGCCGCUUCCCAAGAUGGCGCGCGUGCUGAAGGUGGCCACAGUGGUGGUGGCGUCUGCGAGCGUAGGAGCGCUUUUCGCCAGACUCCAGGCUCCAGUUCCAGUGGUCCGGGCUCUGUCCACCCUGAAGUCCCCACCUCAGGUGGCGCGUGCAGUGUGGAGCCUGGGGCGACUGAAUCACGUGGCCAUAGCCGUGCCCGACCUGGAGAAGGCCAGGGCCUUUUACCGGGACGUUCUGGGGGCCCAGGUCAGCGAGGCAGUCCCUCUGCCCGACCACCGAGUGUCCGUGGUUUUUGUCAACCUCGGAAACACCAAGAUGGAGCUGCUCCAUCCACUGGGAAGUGACAGUCCGAUCUCGGGGUUUCUGCAGAAGAACAAGGCUGGAGGCAUGCAUCACGUCUGCAUCGAGGUGGACAACAUCAAUGCGGCCGUGGCGGAUUUGAAGGAGAAGAAGAUCCGGAGCCUAAGUGAAGGGACCCAAAUAGGAGCGCACGGAAAACCGGUGAUUUUCCUGCACCCUAAGGACUGUGGGGGAGUCCUCGUGGAACUGGAGCAGGCCUGACCUGCACCUGCAGGGGCUGAGCCCCCCGGCCUCGGGGGUGUGAUCAGCGCGCAGUCGGCGUGGCGUCCUUCACUUCUCUGUUACUUCAUAGUUAAAACUGAGUCACAGAAAGGGGUUCAGAAAAUUAUUUAUAUGUCCACCCACAUAUCCACAUGGAUAUCUGUUAAUCACUUUGGGCUAUCUCCCGAUUUGGAGAAACUUUUGAUCACUUAAUACCUGGGGAAUACUGCUAAAAAUUAUGUUCAUAGUAAUAAAUUAUUUUUCUUCUGAAAUGG